CAGCGGCCGACCAUAGAGUGUGACCCGGCGGUGCGUAGAUGCGCGGUGCGUGGCUGCGCUCGCUCGGCUCCCGGACUGCGUUGCGUCGUUCCCGUCUCAUCCGGCUCGAGGGUGACCCUUGGUCGACGCCCGGCCGACUCGACCAGGGCGCGCGAAUAACUCCAGGACGCCCCGCGCGGUCCAUCGCUCUCCAAGAUGGCGGACGCCGACUCGAGGGUCGACCGGUCGGACCCGGAGCUGCGAUUUCUUUCGGUCGACCGGAACAGUUUCAACGACCCCGCGACCCAGGCCGAGUGGACCCAGAAGAAGCUCGUCUGGGUGCCCCAUGAGACCCAGGGCUUCGUCGCCGCCGGCAUUAAGGGCGAGCGCGGCGACGAGGUCGAGGUCGAGGUCGCCGAGACCGGCAAACGCGUCCUCGUCGCCAAGGACGACAUCCAGAAGAUGAACCCGCCCAAGUUCGACAAGGUCGAGGAUAUGGCAGAGUUGACCUGCCUCAACGAAGCCUCCGUGCUGCAUAACCUCAAGGACCGGUACUAUUCUGGCCUUAUCUAUGUGAGUACUUUCUUUAAGAUUGGUUAACGUUGCUUUGGGGAGGCUUACGAUACUUUGUAACCUUGGAUUGUAGGUCUCGAAUACUGCGAAGGCCCUUCGAGGUUAGGGCGGAGGGUUACGUCGACAGGGAUAGGAAGGUUUCUACGAA